ACUUAAUGGCACGUUGCCACCUUGGAUUUUCUCCCUACCUUUCUUAGAGCAGUUGGAUCUCAAUCAUAACCAAUUCCAAGGUCAAAUAAAUCAAUUCCAGCAAAAAUCACUCAUAUAUCUAGAUUUGUCAAACAAUAAACUACAGGGCUCAAUUCCUAAGUCAAUUGCUAAUUUAGUAAAUCUUAGUUAUCUCGAUUUAUCAUCAAAUCACUUUAGUGAUUUAGUAGAGCUUGACAUGUUCUCAGUGCUGCAAAAUUUGGAAGCCAUCUUUCUUUCAGGCAUUAAUCUGUCCUUGAGAAUGAACAUCGAUGCCAACUUCACAUUACCCAAACUAACUGAUGUUUCCUUUUCUUCUUGUAACUUGAGUGAAUUCCCCAAUUUCAUAAGACAUUCAAAUGGUCUACGAAGCCUAGUGCUAUCCAAAAAUAGCAUUCAUGGAAAUAUUCCCAAAUGGAUAUGUGAAAAGGAUGAUCUCCAAAUUCUUGACCUUUCUCAUAACAAUUUAACCGGGAAGAUUUCAAAUUGUCUUCCUAAGUCUCUCUUAGUGUUGAAUUUGCAAGCCAAUUACUUUGAUGGAAAUGUACCAUUUGGGUUUCCAGAGGGCUGUGGAUUACGAAAUCUCAACUUACAUGGAAAUCAAAUGGAUGGCUUAUUACCAAGGUCUUUGUUGAAUUGUAGCAUGUUAGAGGUUCUAGAUGUUGGCAACAACAGCAUAGAGGAUACAUUUCCUCAUUGGUUGGAAUCUCUACCAAACCUUCAAGUGCUUGUCUUAAGGUCCAACAAGUUCCACGGUUUUCUGCGGAGCACCAAAGAAAGUUCAUCUUUUCCCAAGUUACGAGUUCUGGACCUCUCCAGCAAUGAUUUUCUUGGUCCUUUGCCUCUUCGGUACAUGGAAAAUUUUAAAGCGAUGAUGGACUCCCAUGGAGAGGAUGGUUCCCCUGACUACAUGAAGGCGUCAACAAGAGUCAAUUCUUAUCAAUAUUCACUGGUUGUGACAUGGAAGGGAUUCGACUAUGAGUUGCAGGGAAUCUUGACCAUAUUCAGUAGUAUUCAUCUCUCAAAUAACAAGUUUGAGGGAGAAAUUCCAGAUUUUAUUGGAAAGCUUAGUUCUCUCAAAGGGCUUAAUCUUUCUCAUAACAACUUUACUGGUCAUAUCCCACCCUCACUAGGGAAUUUGACGAAUUUGGAAUGGUUGGAUAUCUCUUCCAACGAGCUAGCGGGGAAAAUUCCAGAUGAAUUGGUAUCUUUGACACAACUUUCUGUAUUGAAUCUUUCAAAUAAUCAUCUCGUCGGACGCAUACCACAAGGCAAUCAGUUCAACACCUUUGGAAAUGGUUCUUAUGAAGGAAACAUUGGACUGUGUGGAAUCCCAUUGUCAAAAUCUUGUGAUGGAAGUGGGACACCACCGAGCUUCUUCCAAAAAAAAGAUGAGUUGUGGAGAUUUGGCUGGAGAGUUGUGGUGUUAGGCUAUGGAUGUGGAGUUGUUUUUGGACUGCUAAUGGGAUAUCUUGUCUUCCGAACAGGAAAACCAAAAUGGUUUGUGUCUUUGUUUGAUGGCCGACCAAGUCAAAGUGGAAGGAAGAUGAGGAAAGCCAGAAGACUUGUUCAAAGAAGAAGCUAGUUGCAGAGUUGAUGUUUUAGAGCUUCUGAUUUAAUGUUUCCUGAAUAAUUGCUUUUUGGGUUUGAAGUUCCUGUUAUGGAUGGCAUUGGCUUGUCUAAAAUUGUCAGCCUACUAUUGUCUUUAUUAUGCUUUGUAAUUUUUUCUUUCUUUAUUGUAAAAUAUAUUUGAAGUUUCAAGCUGUUAAUCUUUCGUUAUUAAUGUACUUCCUUAAAUCGGUUGGUAUCAAACUGGAAGCGAAGGUGUGUCAAGUUUCAUUCUUUACAGUUUUUGUUCUUGAGAUUCCCAUUAGCAGAGUCAUAAAAAUUCUUGCUUUACAUUUUUGCGCUGAAGGGGAAGUUUGAAUUUUGAGAUGGGAUUUUGAUGGAAUCAUUUCAUGAUCGUGGAAUCUGGAUUUUGGGAUGGCUAUCGUUGUAGGGAUAUAACUGUAAUUGUAAAAUUGGGAAGGGUGAGUCCUGUGAUUUCGGCUUCAGUCCCUCUCUCCCACUGGCUUUCUGCAACAUCUUCCUUUGGCUAAAUUUCACCCCUUUAGGGUUUCUCUUCUAUUAUGAAUACUAAGUCCUCGGUUCCAUCUGCAGCAAAUCCAUCACCAAGCAUGCACAGUUCCAACAGGAACAAGGUGGAAUAGGAUUUGAAUCUUUUUUUUUUUUUUUUUUGAAAUUUUUAACAUUUUCCUUCAUCUAUAACUAUUGUGGGGUUGUCAAUCGACCCUCCUUCAUUUCCGUCCAAGUGUUCCUCUUUCGUGCAACACAAUCGAAAUUUGAAAUGCUCAAUAAAAUUAUCAUCCAAAAGUAAUCACUUCCCAUGUCGUGUAGUCUCCAGCUGUUUCAAUCCGUCCAUUUUGGUGGAAUUUACAGUUCAUUU